UUCACACUGCGCUUCUCUCUUUUCUCUCAACGGAGUCCUAGGCCAUCGUACAACGCUCGCAUACAUACUAUGAAGGGGAUACAUACUUGUGUGUGGUUGUGCUAUACGUUCCUUCACUCUCGCACGUACAAUACAAAUGUACCAUAUGUGGCUCUUAGUUUGAAAAACCUGUCUACGAAGUAGGAAAGGUGAUAAAUGAUGAAAUUUUGUCAACACUGGUAACGAGUCAACAGUUCAGUACUUUCCUCGGAAUCUUGAGGGAGAAAAAUUACCUAGAGAAAAUAAUAACAAAUUUGUUAAGUUUAUUAAUAUAUUCACAUAGUAGACCGUAGACGAUACAUUUUAUGUCUCAUGAGACAUGCGACAUGCCGCGAGACCAAGCACCGAAUUUCAAAUUUUAUAGUUGGACAUAGAUACACAACUGUCUUGUAACUAUACUAUUAUUAUCAGUACCAGAAAUGCGUUCGGUUGCCGUCGAUCGUUUGGUAGCCGACAUAUUAUCUUUGAAGAGAACGCUUUGCAUAUAAGAAAUGAACAUCUUUUUGCCCAUUAGCAGUUGGUAGAUAAUGGUAUUAUAUCAUGAGACGUAAUUUGAUAUGCCAGUUCUGUUAGAUGGGAACACUAUCUGCUUCGCAUGUAUAUACAAGUUUCCGGUGAACCAAAAUAAGAAGAGAAACCUUUGUUUGAGUUAAUGAAUUAAAAACUAUUUGAAAGUGAUCUGUGGAACAGUAUAAUUCAGAGAGAUGAGGACGGAAGUUACAGAGUCACAACCUUUCAAAAACUUAAAAGAAUUAUUCGAUAACGUGGGUAACUUGAAACCAUGGCCAGAAAUUGGAGAACUACGAGUUUCAACUGAUUAUGUGUACAGUGGUUUAGAAAUAAGCGCAGGAAGAACGCGGUUAGAAAAAUUGGAUAGAGAAGUACAUCCGAAAACGUUGCUCUGUCAUGAUAUGAAAGGUGGCUACCUAGAAGACAGAUUUAUAUAUGGAUCAGAAUCUUAUGAUUCUUACCUAUUUUAUCACUGGAGUGUUAUUGACACUUUUGUGUAUUUUAGUCAUCAUUUCAUAACUGUGCCCCCUUUUGGAUGGAUUAAUGCAGCACAUAAUCAUGGUGUAAAAGUUCUUGGUACUGUAAUUACGGAAAGAGAAGGUAUCUGGGAUGUUAUACUUGAAUAUCAUGAAGAAGUAAGAAGAUUUGCAGAUGCACUAAUACUUGUUGCAAAAUUUUAUAAGUUUGAUGGCUGGUUAUUAAAUAUUGAAAAUACCAUUAAAAGUGAGCAAGUUAAUAAUUUAAUUUAUUUUGUAAAAUAUCUAACAGAAAAUAUUCAUGAAGCAAUUAGAAAUUCUGAAAUUAUAUGGUACGAUAGCGUAACCAAUGAAGGAAAAUUAAAUUGGCAAAAUGAGCUUAACAGUAAAAACAUAGAUUUCUUUUUAAACUGCGAUGCCAUUUACUUGAAUUAUAACUGGACGAAAUCAAAAUUGAAAAACAGUUUGGCACUAGCAAAAACUCACAGUCGAGAUAUUCAUGAUAUAUAUGUAGGACUUGAUAUUUGGGGAAGAGGUUGUCCUGGCGGUGGUAGAUUUAAUUCAUCAUAUGCUUUACAAAAAAUACGACACGAAGGACUUUCUGUUGCACUUUUUGGUCCAGGUUGGACUCACGAAUUUUUCGGAUCUAAGACAUUCCAUGAAGUAGAAGAUCUAUUUUGGGCACAGUUGUUUCCUUAUUUAUACGUUCAUGUAUCUAUCUACGAAGAAGAAGUAUUCAAAACAUCAUUUUGCCGUGGCAGUGGUAGCAUGUAUUAUCGCUGUGGUCAGUUUAUGCAGGCACUAUAUGAAAGGGAUGGAAAAAGAUUUAAACACAAAUCAUUUUACAAUUUAUCCCUGCAAAAUCCACAAAUUUCAGUACCUAUACCGCACAUGAAAUUUACAUCAUCGCCUCAACUUCCAGAACCGAAAAGUGAAAACGAUCGAAGUGAGUGUUCAGAAGAACCGAUACAUUAUGUUUAUGAAACGAGAAAGAAUGUUGUUCGAGUAUUAAAAAAUGUUGUAAAUAUUGAAAAUAAAAUGCCAAUGCUAUAUGUAAAUAGCUUCGAAUUUUGCAGCGAGUUCUCUUUCAGAGGUGGUGGUUGCAUAGAAUUAACUACAAAUGAUCUUACAACUAGGUCAUAUCACAGACUAUUUCUCGUUCACAUCGAAUUUCAACAAGACAUUGUAGCAAUCAUUGCUUAUAAAAAAAUGGAGUCGUCCAUAGCAAAUGGAAGUCAACCCGAACCAAUACUAGUUCUCCGCAAUAAUACCGGCUUAAAAUCCAUCGUUCAUUAUAAAUCAAGGGAUUUGGUUGACAACUGGAAAAGGUGUCGAUACGUUCGGCCUUGUAGCUUGAGUCUACGAAGAAAUCACGACCUGUACGAGACGUUCAGAAAGCUUAUUGAACAAACUCAAUUGGCUUGUGGCUCGCAAGUUGGCAAUCUGGUGAAACGAUCUUUGCAAGAGCUGAUCCAUCUAGCUUCUACUGUGUAUAAAAUAUUGUUCCAGCUGUGCUUUUUGCUUCUGUUUCGCUGAUAUUGGAAAUUGGAUAUCGGCGAGAAAUCAUGUUCCGUGUUUGUUUAGCAAGGUAAAAAUUUCAAAUCGCUAAUAAAAAUCUAAAAUCGAAGAAUUUAUUAAAGAUCUCAAUAAUACUUGAUUGUAAAAUUUUGUUGUUUGCUUGUUUUAUUGUAGAUCUGAAUUAAUGAAAAAGACAUUCUUUUUUAUUGAAUAAAUUUGGAUAAUUUUAGAAAUUUCUUGAAAUUCUGAAUUUAAAUUCAUUACUCAUUUAUGUUUACAACCUAUAAGAAUAUUUAUUCUAUUAAACAAGUGAAUAUUUUUUGUUUGGCUGCGAACAUUAGUGGGAAAGUAUGUAAAUGUUAAUACCGUUGCAAAGGAAUAUUAUACAUUUCACACAGUUCUAUUGCAAAAUGAAUAACGAUUUUUAAUUUAAUUAAGAAAUAAUUUUUUAUCAAUCUACGGGCAUAAAUAUAUCUAAAUAA